UGGAUGAGCCGGAAGGUGGCGGUGGUGAUGGAGACAUCGAGAUCGAAACCAUGGACGAGUACGAGUGCCUCGAGCUGGAGAAGCUGAUCAUCAACGAGUGGGCCAUGCCGCGGAGUUCAUUGAACAGGAUGAUUUGAAAAAGUAAAUAAACAAAACCAGACGUCGAGAAGCCGGUGUGAGUUCCGACGUCGUUUAUGACAAACGGAAGUUCCGAUCCUCAACGAGUACGUGGUUACCGGAACUGGACUUGGCGGAAUUUGCCGGUGGAAGAGGAUGUUAAAAACAAGUCAGUGAAGGAGGUUGCUACAGGUGCCAAGAAAGGAAGCCCCGCUGACCAGAUGGAAUAAAAAUGUUUAUCAAAAGCAAAUCGAGAAAAACCUGACACAUGAUAAUCUCGUUCCAUCCGUGAAUCUGGUUCCACCGCGUGCCCAUCAUCAUCGAUGAUUACAAGCUUUAUUUUGUCAACCAUCCAACCAAGUGGCCAUCGACCCGACGGACGAUGGCAACAAACACUAUCAGUCUACAACGGCGACGGCGUCUUUGCUGGUGCCAGUGGCAGCGGAACCAACAACUACCUUGGACUGGGCGCAUCCUCAUCCGGUGAUCAUCACAAGCUUAUGGUCAAGGUGCGCACGUACCGCUGCACCGAGUGUCCCAAGUCUUUUGCUCUGCUGAAGAAGCGGCGAGCGCACAAGCAAAGGGGAACACACGAAGCCGUUGUUGAUAAUUGUGGCAUCACGGUGCGCUGUCUGGAGGUGAUCCAGGACAGCGAGAUAAACGAGCUGUUCAAUGAUCCCCGGAUGCUGGGCUCGAAAAUUGUCUUCAAGCACCAGGUCAAAGAGCUGCAGGCGACCGCGUUGAUAUCCCAGAUGGGAGCGCUGGGGGCCGCCCGCAAACGACGCCACCACUCGGCAGAAAUGGGCUUCGGGAAGAUGGACAACAAUGGCUCCAUGCUCGACCAGCCGAAGCGAAUCAAGCUGGAACUUGACCCUCCGGACACUCCGGUUAACCUGUUGGAACCGAUACAAUCCCUGCAUCCACUGGACGGCCCACUUCCAAUGCACGAUCUUCCCCAGUUUCUCGAAAACGGUUCGCUAACCAAACCAUCCACGGCCAAUCCGCUGGCCGGCAACCUUCCAAUCCGCAUCACCCCCGAAAGUCUCCGCCAGCUGCUCCAAGCCAGCCGCCAGGGUCAGUGGGUUCUGUCCUACUACAACACGUACCACACGAUGAACCGGAAGAUCCAGGCGGCCCUCACGCACUGCAUCGUGGAGCAGUUCCUCGUGUACAACAUCAUGUUCUCCCACCGGCUGAUGCGUCACUACGCCCAUGUCAUCACGAUGCUCUUCCCGACCGAGAGUGCCGAAGUGUACUACAAACCGGCCCAGGCCCUUGGCUGGAAGCGAACCUGUGCCUCCGGGAAGCUGAUGGAUCGGUGGGCUAACCAACGGAUGCGCCACAAGGAUCGGUACCCGCAGCAGAGGCCCAGGAUUCUGGACGACACCUCCGACCAGCGGACAUUUGCCGAGAUGUCGCUGGUGAUUGCACCGGUGCACGCGGCUUCUGACUGAUGCGAAGAGUUGCAGCAUGGAUUGCCGACUUUUGGUUUGAUAUUUUACAGAAUGGUGUCUAGUCAGACAAAUAGCAUUUUACACAACAUAAUUUAAUAAAGGAAAUACUCAACUCAA